UUUUGUGCCUCUGCAGUGGCUCAUUCUUUCCAGCACUGGCAACAGACAUCCCCCCCACAACCCCUCCUCUGGCGAUUCAUCCCAGCAUGCGGCACCAAUUCAGGGGUAAGACCAACAGUCUCUUCCCCAGACUGAAAGUGGAGCACUGCAGCUACUGCUGAAUGCUGUUUCCUGCGUCUACAACCACGUUCCCUCUUCCUCCCUUACCGGGAAACACUGCAAAGGAGGAUCGAGGAGAGGGAGAUACUCCAUAAGACUUCCCCAGCUGAAAGUCUUGUCUUUCUGUUUUGAUUUCGUGCCGGGUCCCGUGUGGCCCCUCCCACCCAAAACAUACUGUAGAGGAUUCAAGCAGGGACAGACAGGCACAAGUGGGCAGACGGACUGACAUGGAUUUUCAAGCUAAACGAUCAUUUUUGCACAGGUGUGCGCGGUCUGGCGAUGUAGUCCACGCUGGUCUGGUCAUCACACUUCUGAUUGGAGUGUGGUACGCUCAGGCAUUGGAGGUGAAUACAGGGAAGGUCCAUUCCAUAGAAGUGAUGAAUGGAAGUUCAGUGCUCUUACCCUGCACUUACGCCAGCUGCAUUGGCAUUCAAAACCUUUACUUCAACUGGCAGUUCAAGGACAAUGGGACAUUGGUUAAGCUCUGUGAGGCCAUCAUCCCAGCAGAGGGAAUAGAACCUAACGUGAAAAUCUAUCAUGAGCGGGUGGAGUUUGUUGGCUCCAGCAAACAGAAUAACAUCUCCAUCGUAUUGCAUAACGUCACCUUUGAGGACCAGGGAGAUUACAUCUGCUUCGCACGUAACCCCAAAGAGAAGGAACGCAAUCAUAGUGCAGUUUUCACUCUUUUUGUGGUGGACGAAUUGAAAGAGGUGGACAACACAUUGACCAUCAUCAUUGUGUCCGUGCUUGGCGGGGUCAUAGGUCUGAUCAUUCUCAUCAUGGUGGUGAAAGCUGUAGUCCUCGCCGUUCUAAACAAGGCCCAGGAGAAGAAUAAAGAGUGCCUUGUGACCUCUUCAGGGAAUGACAAUACAGAAAAUGGUCUCCGGGGAUCCAAAGCAGACAGCAAACCGAAACCAAAAGCGUGAAAAGAACAUGUGUGUCAUAACAAUGAACAGUUUUAUGAUCUUUAUGGGAGAAAAAAAAAACUGCUAUUUGGAAAUAUAUUUUAGAUCGUAAACUCACACACACCCUUUGCUAGAUUGAAACGGCAUAAAAAUAUUCAAAUAGCAGAAGAUAGGAGAUUAUUUGGUGUGCUUGCAUUCUGUUCUUGUCCGUGAGACACAGCACACACACACACACACUGCCUUCUUCCUUAACUGCCAUAUCCUUUCAAUUGCUCAAGAGCACAAGACCCACAUAAGAAAAUGUUUGCGAUAAACCUCCAGUGCAACUUAGACAUCUUCACAAUGCAUUCCAAAAGUCAGAAGCAAAACUAACUUUGAAACACCUUUCUGGGAAAAGACUAAACAAGUUACAUAUACAAACCACGGGUGCCUCUUUAAAUUGGAAUAUGUUUACCACAAAUUCAAGCAGCUAACUGUGUCUGAUUAUGAACCUCUCUCACUAAUUUUACAAUUGAUUUGGAGGUCAUAAAAAACAGGAUGCGUGUCCACUUGAAGGCCAGAAACACACUUGAUGUAAUAGCACCUCUUGUGGCAAUGCUGAUAAUACAACACACACUUGUAGUACAAUAUGAAUUACACAUUUCGUGUUUGAAAAAUAGGUUGUGUAAAGUGUUUUUCAUUUCUAACAGUUGUAUCUAAAAAAAAAAAAAAAAAAAAAAAAGAAUUCAGAUAAGGGGUAUAUCCAGCAUGGUUUAUUAUAUUUAUUUACUUUUCAGCUUUUUUUUUUCUGCUUUAAAUAAAACACAGCUGCCUGUAAACACUUCAAGCUCCACAUGCUUCCUGGGAGCCUUCAAAUGCUAUAUAAAUGCUAAAUAAAUUAAACAAUGCUCACAUAAAAAUGCAAAAAAAAAUAAAAACAACAAAAAAAACAAACUAACAAAAAAAAUAAAAAAAAUCCUUGGAUACAAAUAUAAAGACAAUCCCCAGAAACCAACUCCCUGUAGAAAAUGAAUGAUCUUUUGAUGCUGCUUUCAACAAAAAUAACCAAUAACUUUUCCUAAUGCAUGUGAACGAUUUUAUACAGUUCAUCUAGUUUACUAUGUAUCAAUUUCAACCGACUCGUGUUCUCCUGUCUUUUCUCACAUGACUGAUCAAUCUGUGCUUGUAGUAAACAAUGUUAUCCUCACUCGUUAAUCUUGCAUUAGCAUAAACCUCUCAAAUCACAUAUAACUAGCAUUAGCAUAAACCUGUUAAAUCACAUAUAACUAGCAUUAGCAUAAACCUCUCAAAUCACAUUUAACUAGCAUUCGCAUAAACCUGUCAAAUCACAUUUAACUAGCAUUAGCAUAAACCUGUUAAAUCACAUAUAACUUGCAUUAGCAUUAACCUCUCAAAUCACAUAUAACUAGCAUUAGCAUAAACUUCUCAUAGAUCAGAUGAUCUUGAUGCUAAUUGGAGAAAACACUCAGAUGGCAGAAAAUAACAUUGGAAUUUUGAUUCUUAAAUGUUCUGGAACUCUGAUUUGAACUCUGUUUAUCCAAAACAAGCCAACUUUCCAAAUGUUUCAGUAGUUAUUUAAGAUUCAAGUGCCAAACAGAACUGCUUCUGCCAUCAUGUUUCGUUCGUCUUUCUCUUCCCUAUUGUAUUGGAAACCCCAUAAAUGCACAAUGCGCGUUCAUAUCCAUAUCUUAUUUAAGUAUAAAUAUAUUGACAAAUUCAUAACCUAUAUAUAUAUAUAUGCAGUUAAACCCUCACUAGUUUCCCGACAUAACCCAAAGAUGAAUGUACCAGUGGUUAUAGUUAUGGCAGAGUUCAGAAGGGUCAUUUCUGGGCACUUUAUUCAUAAAGAGAUACAUAACAGUGUUUUGAAUGCUCGUCGUAUAUGUAGAGAAAGGUACGAAGGAUGUUGAAUUUAUCACAGGAUAUUUGAAUAUGUUUGAGAAUAGAGGAACAGGAAUAAUCUUUCUCUUUGAAUGGCUAGAUCUCUUAUAUGUGCACAUAUUAGCAGUCUUCCAAAUCACUUGACUCUAUUUUAGAAAUCAGGGGCUUUGGCAAUCUCAACUGUGUGGGAUGCUUUUGACAGAGCUGUAUGAAACCCUUAAUAAUGUGUAAAUAAUAAAUGUUUGUUAAAUCAGCCAUGCUUUGGAGAAAGGGUUUGGUGCCGCUCUGUCUGUCAGAUGCACUGUACAGUAAUGUGGUUAGUCUUGAGUGUCCUAACUGUUUUCGAGCUGUUCACAUCGCCUCUUUGAUUCAUUUUUGGCUGAAUGUUUUAACAUGUUAUGCUUCUUACAGAUUGUUGCCUUUUGUUAUUUGCAGCUGUAUUUAUGAUUAAAUGGUCACAUAAACAAGGAGAUUACAUCGAUAAGCAAUACUGUAAUAAAAAAAGACAGGAAAAUGUAAAAAAAAAAAGGUUUAUUAGCAAAAAAAAAAAAAAAAUGCUCAAUGCAUGAGUGCCUAGGCUCUCAAGAAUGAACUGUUGUAUGCAAAUUGGCAACUUUUACUUUUAUUAGUUAUUAUUAUUAUUAUUAUUAUUAUUAUUAUUUUGCUAUUUUUAGCUGUUUUGUUCAUCCAAUUCCUGCUCUUCUCAGUUUUUGUAACUUUUGUUAUUAUUAUUAUUAUUUUUUCUCUAAAUAUUUUGAAUCUGAUGUUUAAUGAUAACGAAGCAGCGUGGUGGUUCUCAACUGGUUUUGCUUUGCAUUGGACAUCAAGUGGCAUAAUAAAUAAAGCUUGUCAUACAAAGUAAACCAUAAUGUCUUCAAAAUCAAGCAUUGAAAACUGGAAACUCCAAAUAUAGUAUUUAAUGUAAUCAUGGUUCUGGAUGUCAUAUAAACUGUCCAUGAUCGAGUCUGUAGAAAUUGAUUUGCUUCUCCCAAGUGGUGGGUAAAGAUUUUCAAAAAAAAAAAAAAAAAGAAUUCUUUGCAUGAUUAUAUGCCUGCUUUGCUAGAAUAAUGCAUUUAGCUGUAAAAACUGACCUUCAAUCCAUUUUUGGUUUGCAGCCAGUUGAGAACCACUGGUGUAACACGUUACUCUAUAGACAUAUAGAUAUCUUGGUCUGGUUGCUCAUGUCUGCUGGAAUGUUUGGCUCAGAUCAUCCAACUCUGGGCUUGUUAGUAAUGUCUGGGAAGGAGAGCCACUGCGCUAAAACCAGACUGCAGUGCUGCAGUGCUGCAGUGCAAACCGCAUCCUAAGAGUGCAGCACUCAGCCAUGCAUCUCUACGUCAGACUGUGUUUCUCUCUGGAUCUGAAGUGUUAUAGGAGGGAAACUUAAGGGAUAUGUCUGAUUUAUAUAUAUAUAUAUAUAUAUAUAUAUAUAUAUAUAUAUAUAUAUAUAUAUAUAUAUAUAUAUAUAUAUAUAUAUGCAUGUCACAUGUAACAGCUACUAAUUUAUGGUAAAUAUCUACAGCUGCAUUUUCAAACAGGCUACUUGAUCGUGGUAGAAAGAAAAUAUGAGAUAUGGACUAUAACAUAUGCUGUAUAUGCAGAAUUGUUCCUUUCUAUUUUGCAGUGAGAAUUAGUUCUACUGGGAUGUCCAAAACCACUUGCACUCUUUUAAAAUGAUUGUGCUAUAUUCAUUUGAGAAUUUGUCUCACACCUAUCGGCUCCCAAUCAGGAACCGAUUGACCUUUUGUAAAGUAGACUUAUAAAAUAAUGGAUAUGUGCCUGGGUGACUCCCUCACUCUCACUGCCAAGCCAAGAGAGUGUAAAGACUGCAAUGUGCUCGAACACAUUCCAAGACGCCCUGUCUCCCUCUAGUGGAUUUAAGACUUCCAACAUUUUUAAAUGAUCAAGAUUUCCAGCAGCACUGGCUAUGUUUGAAAAGGCAAAUUAGUAUACUGCUUACUUUAUACUGCACAGUAUACAUUGAAUACUAUCUGCAUUGUAAAAAUAGUAUGCAGAACAGCAUGCAAUAUGCUUCACUUUUGUCAUGAAUCAAGUCUUACAUUUAAUAAUUGGAAAUUGGAAAAUCAAUCUCACUGUAAAUGGAAAUUUAUGUUAGAAGCACUGCAUUGUGGGGCACCACAUUGUACAUCAUAUACAGUGGUAUUUUAGUAUUAUUGAUGUACUGUUAUCAUAUUUAUUAAAAUUUUAAAUGAGCUUUUAUUUUAUAUUUUCAGUUUCCAUCAGUUGUGCCAUAUCUGCGGUUUUACAGUGAAAUUGAGCUACUUUUACACAAAUUUUUCAACAUUUACUACAGGUUUUGUGAUUACUGGCUCCGAUUAAGCACUUUAAAUACUUAUAAACGCACUUCAUGUACCCUUCUCGGAAAAAAAGAACAUGUACGUACAGCUUUAUUCUCAAAACUUCCCUUUGUACCAACAUCUGGCAUAUUCCCUUUUCAUAACAACGCACCUCGGUAGGUUUCUCUGGAUUGUAAAGAAUAAACAAAUAAAUGAAUGAAUAUAUAACUAUGCGAAAUAAAGGUUUGCAAAAAAUA